UAGAAAUUCGGGCGGGGCCGCGGAAAGCAGAGCGUGCCCCAAGCCGUGGCGCCGGCGCCUUCUGCCCUCUGCUCUCCGGCCAUGGCGGCGUUGCCCGCUACCGCGGCUCCCCGGCUGCUUCUCAUCUCUGGCAAAGCGGCUCAACCCUCCGGUCCCGCGGCGGGUCGGCAGCUCUCCGUUGUCCUGCCAGCAGGAGCCCCCUCUAGUCCCACGGGCCUGGAGGCCCCGCAGCCGGCCCGCAAGCGGCAGCGGCUCACCCAUCUGAGCCCGGAGGAGAAGGCGCUGCGCAGGAAGCUGAAGAACCGCGUAGCGGCCCAGAGCGCCCGGGACAGGAAGAAGGCGCGGAUGACGGAGCUGGAGCAGCAGGUGGUGGAACUGGAGGAGGAGAAUCAGAAGCUGCUGCUGGAAAACCAGCUCCUGCGGGAGAGGACGUGUAACCUCACCCUGGAAAACCGGGAGCUCCGCUGCCGCCUAGGCCUGGAUGCUCUGAAGAUGGAGGAGAACGAAUCUAAGUUUGUGAAGGAAUCACAGGUGGAUGAGAUUAGGUUGGUGACCGGGUCCGCUGAGUCCGCAGCACUCAGACUACGUGUUCCUCUGCAGCAGGUGCAGGCCCAGCAGUCACCAUUUCUGAUAACUUCCACGUGGAUUCUCAUGGCAGUAAUGCUUCAGACUCAGAGUCUAAUCUGCUCUUGGGCUUUCUGGACAGUCUGGACCAAGACAUGUUUCUCAGAUACACUGAUCCGGAGUCAACCUGCCUGCAAAAGCUGGAAGAAGAGAUCUGUGGAGAAACAAAUUCCAUACCAUCCUCCCCCUCUCCUCCUUUGGGGUCCCCAUCAGCCAAGCUGGAGGCCAUUAAUGAACUGAUAAGGUUUGAUCAUGUGUACACAAAGCCCCUAAUGCUGAAGAUUCCUGUUAAGAUGGGCAACCAAACCAAUAUGCUAGUGAAAA